CAGACAUGGAGCACUUCCAGCUCAGCCUGUCGGGACUAGGUAUCAUCGCUCAGAGGAGCGGCGCGGAGCUCAGCCAAUAUCUGUCCAAGCAGAUAUGGACUCCUCAAGACAGAGAAUCUCUGCUAAGCAGUUUAGCACAAUUGCUCUUGGACAAAGAAUGCACACUUCUGAUUGGACGACAGCUUCGACCAUUGCUAUUGGAUCUUUUAGAAAGAAAUGCAGAAUCUAUAAAAUCAGGAAAUCAAGUUAAUCAUGACCUUCAUGAGAGGUUAUGUGUUGCAAUGAGUAAAUUGGUCACCCGUCACCCUGAUGUCCUCCCAUUUGCAUUACAGUAUUUUCAGACAGCUUCACCAGUAUUCCAAAGACUAUUUCUGGAAAGCUGUGAUACCAGUACAGUUCGCUAUGGGCGGCGACGGAUGAAACUGCGAGACCUUAUGGAAGCUGCUUUCAGAUUUUUGCAGCAG